CAAGCACAAGCGAGAUGUUUUUAUCAUUUAGGUAAUCGUCAGUCUUAUAGGGAGCCUUCUCACAAUGUCUUAAUAUCGCAUGCAAAAUAUCGAAUGGUGUAAUAGAGGCUAGAUUACUAAUGCUGAUAUUUUUUCGUAUUUUAUAGAUCAGUGAUCUGAUGACAGUGAUUUUGGCAAAAAGUUUUGUUUUGGUUCAUUCAGUCAAUCAGUAAUUCCAUGACAUUGGCAGAAUCACCGAAAGUCCGGUGGAAGCCAUAAUACAGAAAAGAAAGAGUUUCAGUUUCAGCUGUUUCACCAUCCUCAGCUUGACCUGUGAGCCCGUAGACAGAGUAUAGGUAAUAGGUAUGCUGGAAGUAUGUAUAGAUAGUUUGGAAUCUGCUGUUAACGCUGUUUAUGGAGGUGCUAAUGAAAUUGAAAUAUGCAGUUCCCUGGCCGAGGGAGGCCUUACUCCUUCUGCAGGCCUCGUCAAGACAAUAAAGAAAGCAAUAAAUGAUUAUGCAUUAACAAACAGUGCACACUUAGAUAGUGCAGAAUCAUGUGCCAAGAAACCCAAAGUGAAUGUGAUGAUCAGGUGCCGAACUGGCUCAGAUUUCAAUUACACAGAGCAAGAAAUGGAGACCAUGAUGGCAGAUAUUUAUACCUUCAAAGAAAUAGGUGUAGAUAGAUUUGUAUUUGGUUCACUUACUGUCGGUCAAGAAAUUGAUGAAGAAAAUUGUUUGAGGGUAGUUGAAGCAGCAUCUCCUGUGCCAGUGACAUUCCAUAGAGCAUUUGAUGUGUGCAAAGAACCUAAUAAAGCUAUGGAAAAACUAAUCGAAAUCAAGUUUGAUAGAGUCCUUACUAGUGGUCAAAGAACAUCAGCUAGUGAUGACAAGGCUAUAGAAUUAAUUAAAUCAUUAGUAAAAUCUUACGGGGAUAAAAUUGAUGUGAUGCCUGGUGCAGGUGUUAAUGAGCUUAAUGCAAGGAUUUUUGUAAAAUUAGGUUGUAAAAUAGUUCAUAGUUCUUGCAAAAAAGUGAAACAUUUGCCAAGAGUAAAUCACCAUUUGUCUAUGGGUACAAGUGAUAGUGAGUUUAUUUAUGUAACAGAUGAGAGUAUAGUUAGAAGGACUAAAGAAGCUAUUGUUUUAUAAAUGUAUAUUUUGUAAUUUGGAGAUAUAUUGUGCCUUGUAGUUUCUGGCACUUUUGCUAUAGAACCACUCUAUAUCUUUCCCAUGGAUGUCGUAAAAGGCGACCAACGGAUAGGCUUAUAAACUUGGUAUUCUUGUAGGCGAUGGGCUAGCAACCUGUCACUAUUUGAAGCUUAAUUCCAUCAAAGCCAUACGACUGACGCGGCAUUUCAAUCUUAUCAAGACUGUUGGCUCUGUUUACCCCGUAAGGGAUAUACACAUACGUGACUGUAUUUAUGUAUGAAAAUAAUAAAAUGUCUACUAGUCUACAUAA